AGUAUCCAUGGUAUGAUGGAAGAGGAAAACGUCAUAAGACCCCACCAGGAAAUCGCGCAGCUUACGCUUGACGAAAAGAAGUUUUUAUUAGCAGUCGAGAGAGGAGAUGUAGCAUCGACGAGAAGAAUGCUUCAAAAAGCAGAAGAAACGAACUACAUAAACAUAAACUGUGUAGAUCCGUUGGGUAGAAGCGCCCUCCUUAUGGCCAUAGACAACGAGAAUUUAGAGAUGGUGGAAUUGUUGAUCGAGCAUAGGGUGGAAACUAAAGACGCUUUAUUGCAUGCUAUCUCCGAGGAAUUCGUCGAAGCCGUCGAAGUUUUAUUGGAACACGAAGAAACUGUGCAUCGUAAAGGUGAACCACACAGUUGGGAAGCUCUUCCUCCCGAUACAGCGACUUUCACUCCGGACAUCACUCCUCUGAUCCUUUCAGCUCAUAGAGAUAACUACGAAAUUAUCAAAAUUCUGUUGGAUAGAGGCGCUACGUUACCAAUGCCGCAUGACGUUAGAUGCGGUUGCGACGAGUGUGUUACAUCUAGAAUGGAGGACUCUUUGCGACACUCGAGAAGCAGGAUCAACGCUUACAGAGCCCUAGCUUCGCCGUCCCUUAUAGCCCUCUCCUCGAAGGAUCCCAUUCUAACCGCUUUCGAACUCUCUUGGGAGUUGCGUAGAUUAAGUUUCAUGGAACACGAAUUCAAAAGUGAGUACCAAGAAUUGAGGAAACAAUGUCAGGAUUUCGCAACGGCUCUAUUAGACCAUACCAGAAGCUCUUACGAAUUAGAGGUUCUUCUAAAUCACGACCCCACGGGACCUGCUUUCGAACAUGGAGAUAGGAUGCAUUUGAACAGACUGAAGUUAGCUAUAAAAUUAAGGCAAAAAAAAUUUGUCGCCCAUUCUAACGUUCAACAACUUCUGGCUUCCCUUUGGUACGAGGGUUUACCGGGAUUUCGACGUAAAAAUAUGGUUUUGCAAGCGCUAGAGAUCGUCCGGAUAGGAAUUCUGUUUCCGUUUUUCUCUAUCGCCUACAUCGCCGCACCGCAUUCCGUUAUCGGCCAAACCAUGCGGAAACCUUUCAUCAAGUUCAUAUGCCAUUCCGCUUCGUACUUUCUGUUUCUUUUUUUAUUAAUUCUGGCAUCUCAAAGGCAGUUUCUUCAAUCAUUUUUCGGUAUGGGUACUCCAGAAGAAGAAUUUAUACAACGAGGGGCUGAACCCUCGGUGGUUGAAUGGAUAAUUCUUUCAUACGUUGGUGGUUUAAUAUGGAGCGAAAUAAAACAACUUUGGGACGUAGGAUUAGAAGAAUAUGUCAGAGAUAUGUGGAAUGUCAUAGAUUUCAUCACCAAUUCUUUGUAUGUAGCCACAGUAGCCUUAAGGAUCGUUUCCAUAUACCAGGUUCAAUUGACACCGGAAACGUCGAAAAUCAGAAGAGAAGAUUGGGACGCUUGGGACCCCAUGUUAAUAUCUGAAGGCUUAUUUUCGGCGGCGAAUAUAUUUAGUUCCCUGAAACUUGUGUACAUAUUUUCGGUGAACCCACAUUUGGGGCCAUUACAGGUGUCUCUAUCCAGAAUGGUAAUGGAUAUCAUGAAAUUUUUUUUCCUCUACGUCUUAGUACUGUUCGCUUUCUCUUGCGGUUUGAACCAGUUAUUAUGGUACUACGCCGAUUCCGAAAAACAAAGAUGUCGACAAGAAACUGGAGCUAAAUUGAACCACAACCAAACCGAACCGGAUUCGAACGCUUGCACGAUAUGGAGGAGAUUUUCAAAUCUAUUCGAAACUAGUCAAACUCUCUUUUGGGCAGUAUUCGGUCUAAUAGAUCUGGAGAGCUUCGAGUUGAACGAAAUCAAAAUAUUUACGAGGUUUUGGGGGAUGUUGAUGUUCGGCACCUAUUCCGUUAUCAACAUAGUGGUACUACUCAAUUUGUUGAUUGCCAUGAUGAAUCAUUCUUAUCAACUGAUAUCGGAACGUGCCGAUACUGAAUGGAAAUUUGCCCGCAGUAAACUAUGGAUAAGCUAUUUCGAAGAAGGUGGUACCGUUCCGGUACCAUUUAAUAUCAUUCCCACUCCUAAAAGUCUGUGGUACAUCAUUUGUUGGGUGAGGAGAAAAUUUUGCGGACAUUCCAGAGCAGCUAAGAAAGAACAUAUGCGAACUAUAAGGAAACAGUUUUUUGAUUACAAUUAUUAUUUGUGCGGACAGGGUAUUAUGAGAAAUUUAGUUAGAAGAUACGUGACGGUCGAACAACGAAAAGCGGAAAAUCAGGGCGUCACCGAGGACGACGUCAACGAAAUAAAACAAGACAUUUCUGCGUUCCGAUUCGAACUUAUCGAAAUCCUUAAAAAUUCCGGUAUGAAUACUUCGACAGCGCACAAUGUUAUGGGUACUGGCGGAAAGAAAAAUAGACAGAAAGAACGCCGGCUUAUGAAAGGUUUCAAUAUAGCUCCCCAACCUUCGACGACGUCGUCGUCUUUACCGCCCGUCGCCGAAUUCAUAGCGUCUUUACAACAGCAUCACCACGGCGAUUCCCAUCACGAUUUUUUCGGUUCUACUUUAUCGGGAAUCUUCACGCCGCAUUCGAGGAAGUUACACCUUCACGGUAGCGCGGUAUCGUCUUCUCAAGGCAGUAUCAACGAGGGAAACGGUCACCAUAAAAGGAUGAAUUUUAAGAGGAGUCAUUCGCACAAAAGACGUUGGGGUACACUUAUAGAAGCGGCCAAAACCGGAAAAGUAUCCAGACUUAUAGGGAGGUCUCGUUCCGAAGAUUCGGUGUGUAAUAGUUGUAGGGAAAACGGUACGAAUCAUUCUCACAGUCAUAGUAAUAGUCCUGCGUCUGACGAUAACAGGUCUGUCAGUCUGUCGGAUUCGAAUCCAAGCUUGGAUGUGGCUGAUCCGCCAGAAAGAGAACUACACGGUAUCGCUCAAGGUUUGGCGCUUUUAAAAAAGAAGAGGAAGAAAUUUUCAGCGUCGAGGAAUUCUAGUCCGAUCGUGCCUCCAGCAAACCCACCUGAACACAGCCACCACCAUCGAAAAAUGCCACCGAAGAAAUUCCAACAGGUCCUAAAACGCGCUUCGAGCGUUCCCACUCGAGUACCGGAAGGUGUUCAACUGCUCCCGCGCCACGAAAAGACUCAAUCGCAACAAGACUCUAUGGAAAUCCCAGAAACAGUGCCGUCCACUCUAACCCCAUCCACUACAGAAGAAAGCGUUAAUACAGUAGGACCCACCAUUCCACCAAGUGGUACAUCGAGGGAACCGCUGAUCUUCAACUCUUCUUCUAGUAAUCCUACUGGUUCGACUCAAACUCCGGAUGAGGAGUAUAACAGGAUCUCUUCGGGGACGCACGGUCAUCCUAAAUUAUCCGGCGUUAUACCGCUGAGCGGGCAUAAUGGACCUUCGGCUGGGUGGUUGUAGUGUGUAGUGAGAUAAAUUAAGCGGGUAAAUGGAAAUACAUCAUUUCAUGAUAAUGGUAAAAUAUCAUAUAUUCCUUUUAAACAAAAUAUAUUGUUUUUAAACUUUAUUGUAGACCGAAUUGUUUCUUCGAGUUCACUUAUUUAUUAUAAACGUGGCAACAUCUUUUCGCGAAAGGUUGUAUUCAUUUAAAAAGCUUUUAGGACAUUUUUUACGUUUUAAAUCGAUGCAUUGUCAUGAAAUGUCUUGAAAAAUAAUAAUAUUAAAAAUAAAAACAAAUACGUUCCACUAAUAUAUAAGUAAAAACUAGA